AUGUUUUCCUACAAAAGUUUUGUGGUAACUUUGCUUGGCAGCCUGAUAGUUGCAGCUCCUUUCGAAGCAUGGGACGAGCCUUUCUUUUCACCAUCUCAAGUGUGGCUGUACGGUGCAUCCAGCGGCCGAACUGCACCUACCUCCAUCGGUAUGGUAUCCAAGGCCUCUACUUCUGGAGGCAGAGCCACCGUCACCACUCUCCUCACAUUCACAUACCCGCCAGAGACCGAUGGAUCGAAGUGUCAAUUCGACUUUUAUCUGGAUCUGAACUCCACCAUUAAAGGUAGCGCCAAGCUUGAUCUUUUCUCAAGCAUCAGGCCGCUGACAUCGAAUGACACUGUCUAUUGGAGCCGCGGUAACCAGCGGGGCGUCCAACUCGGCCGUCUCUCUGUUUCUCCUGGCGCUUCUGCGACCUGGGAUGCUACUUAUGACGAGUACCUGACGGAGAAGACCGACUGCAAAACCCCUGGGACCGUCGAGGGCUUUGAGCUAGUUGGUGUUUAUGAUAAUGAUUAUGUUUCGUGGAAUCCUUCCACAUCCGGCCUAAGUAUUAUUUAUACGUCUUGA